AUGGCUUCGAGACACGCCAACUCCCUGCCCACCCUCAAGAAGAGACAGCAGAAUUCGCCACCUUGCGGAGCCUAUUCGGAACGUCCCCUGCGUAGCCGAAAACCCGUAAACGGUUUAUUUGGAUGCAAUCUGGCGGCUGCAAGAGCGGAAGAACAGUGGUCGGACACGGAACAAGCGUCCGCUACACCUGCCUACAGUGGUGGGCAGCUCUACAAAACAGUGGAAUCCGGAUGCUGUGGUCUCAUCUGUCUUUCCUUUAUGUGCAUAGUCGGCAUAAGCUGCCUUUUCUCACCAAUUGGAAUGCUCAUCCUACCCGUUGUUCUCUCCUUCGCUUCGCAGUCCCAGAAAUCCCCGGUGGUGGAGGAGGAGUUUGUGUCCUCGAGUUCAGCACUUUCUCUGGAUGAUCCGGCCUUCUUGGAGGGUAGAGGAGGCAAUUUAGAUUCAGGCGGAAUAACCUGCAAUACCCGCUGUGAGGCUGACCUCCUCAGCUUGGGCGUCAAACUUAUAAUUCUCUGUCUCACCACAUGGAAACUCUAUGUACUGCCGGUUGUGUUGGUCUAUCGUCGGCUCGGCAUUCGUCCGCUAUCUGUGUCAGCCAUUCUCAAUCGCAAACUGCGGGCAGGUUGUUAUAAAGCAAACGUCAAAUCGGCUGCAUCCCUACUGGCCUACCCAAACCUCGUGAGUUUUGUGCUCACAUUCGCGGAUACUCAACUGGUUUUGCACAUACUUGGUCUCAUUCUGGGAGGCCUGCAGCGUGUCCUCACUGAGAAAACCGUCUACGUGGUCCAGGUGGUCCGCUCGCCGGAUGGUCAGAGCAAAAGCUACCGUGUGAAUGGAGGCAGCAUAGACUCCGUGGCCUCAGAACUACUCUACCGGUAUUUGGUCGACUUUCCGGUGAGUAACAGUCAGGGCCAUUGGUAUUUCCUAACUAUUUUAACAAUUUGCUUGAAUCAACAGUCCCCUUUUAAGGAAAUAUCUACCGAUAUCCCCUUUUGGACUCUAGUCAAUUUUUGGUUAGAAGACGUGUAUCGAUCUAGAUCACAGAGUCUAAUGUUCGUGUAUCUUAGGCAAGUUAUCUAUGAAAUCUGGCAAUUAUUGUGCUCAUGA